AGUCGUAAUUUGUGUUGAUGUCAUUUGACAAUUUCAAAAAUUUAUAAAUUGCAGAUUUUUUAGAUAAACAGUAUAAAUAACGACAUUAAAAAGACACAAAUAGCAUCGCAAUGAUCUUUCAAAUCUUUUUACUAGAUGUGAAAGGAAAAGUACUGAUUUCACGUAAUUAUCGAGGAGAAAUCGACAGUAAUGUCAUUGAUAAAUUUAUGCCACUGCUGAUGGAGAAAGAGGAAGAAGGUCUUGUUACACCAAUUCUUCAAACACAAGAGUGCACUUUUGCUUAUGUGAAGACGAAUAAUCUCUUCAUUGUAUCAACUACCAAGAAAAAUGCAAACAUUGCCUUGGUUUUCACUAUGCUCCAUAAAAUCGUACAAGUGUUCACGGAAUACUUUAAGGAACUGGAGGAGGAAUCAAUUCGCGAUAAUUUUGUAGUCAUUUACGAGCUACUUGAUGAGUUAAUUGACUUUGGAUAUCCACAAACGACCGAUAGUAAAAUUCUUCAAGAAUACAUCACCCAGGAAGGUCACAAGCUCGAGAUUCAACCUCGCAUUCCAUUAGCUGUUACAAAUGCCGUCUCAUGGCGUUCUGAAGGAAUCAAAUAUCGAAAAAAUGAAGUAUUUUUGGAUGUUAUUGAAAGUGUUAAUUUACUCGCAAACGCCAAUGGAAAUGUUCUUCGUAGUGAAAUUGUAGGCGCGAUCAAAAUGCGAGUUUAUCUUUCGGGUAUGCCUGAACUUCGUCUUGGAUUGAAUGAUAAAGUGCUUUUUGAGUCAACUGGACGUGGAAAAUCGAAAUCGAUUGAACUUGAAGACGUAAAAUUUCAUCAAUGUGUUCGUUUGUCACGUUUUGAAAACGAUCGAACGAUUUCCUUCAUUCCACCCGAUGGUGAAUUUGAGCUUAUGACGUAUCGCAAUAGUACGCAUAUGAAGCCUCUCAUUUGGAUUGAAUCCGUCAUUGAGCGUCAUGCUCAUAGUCGUGUCGAGUAUAUGAUUAAAGCAAAAUCCCAAUUCAAACGUCGCUCAACAGCUAAUAAUGUAGAAAUUAUCAUUCCCGUCCCAGCUGAUGCUGAUUCGCCGAAGUUCAAAACGACAAUUGGUAGUGUUAAGUAUGCGCCGGAACAAAAUGCAAUCACCUGGACAAUUAAAUCGUUUCCUGGUGGUAAAGAAUAUUUGAUGCGAGCUCAUUUUGGCUUGCCAUCAGUCGAAUGUGAAGACAGUGAAGGAAAGCCACCGAUUCAAGUGAAGUUUGAGAUUCCAUACUUCACUACUUCCGGCAUUCAGGUGAGAUACUUAAAGAUUAUCGAGAAAAGCGGAUAUCAAGCGCUACCAUGGGUGAGGUACAUCACACAAAACGGCGAUUAUCAGCUUCGAACCAACUAAACUUGUUGUUAAUUGUUUCUAACAAGUUUUUUUUUUCUUUUAAACAUUUCUAACUAUGAUCGAUGAAUUUUUAAAAUAAAUAAUUUAUGGAAUAUUUUAUGUUAUUUACUCGUCACACG